GCCGGAAGUGCCGAGAGCGCCGUCGGGAUGUCAGUUUGAGUCCCCUGGUUCCGGUCCAGGGAGGUCCGCGGGACGCCCCGCGCGGCGUGCAGGGUCUGAGGAGAGACGAGAGGGUUGCGGCCUGAGGGUGAGGAGGCGCCGGGAUGCGGAGUCCGUGCCCGGGGCUGCUGCGGGCGCCGGCCGGCCGCCCUCGCGCCAUCCCCACGCGCACCUGUAUUCCAGCUCCCCUGAGCACCUGGGGCCGCCGCCGCCGCCGCCUCCCGCAGACUAUGUUUCUGGUGCGCCUGACCUCCCAGCUGCUCAGGGUUGUUCCCCGGGCAGGCUGCAGUCGUCUGGGGCCUGUCUCGGAGGUGUUGGGCGGCCAUGCCUGCAGGCCUUGCUACAGCACACAGCCAACAGGCCCAAGCGGGGUUGCCUCCCUCCCCGGCAGGGGGAUCCAACUGGAGCUCGAGGAGAUGUUGGUCCCCAGGAAGAUGUCCAUCAGCCCUCUGGAGAGCUGGCUGACUGCCCGCUACCUCCUGCCCAGACUGGAUGCUGGAGCUUCAGCCCAGCUUUACAAGUGUCCCCCUAGCCAGGUAGGGGAAGGUGCUGAGCAGGGGGGUGAGGGGUUCUGGGAUGCAUCCUGGAUGCAGUGCAAAAACAUACUGAAGAUCCGCCGGCGGAAAAUGAAUCAUCAUAAGUACCGCAAGUUGGUCAAGAGGACCCGUUUCCUGCGAAGGAAGGUUCGGGAAGGACGCCUGAAACGGAAGCAGAUGAAGUUCGAGAGAGACCUGAGGCGCAUCUGGCUUAAGGCAGGCCUGAAAGAAGCCCCUGCAGGCUGGCAGACUCCCAAGAUCUACUUGAAAAGCAGAUGAGCCUAGUGUUCUGUCUGCCCCUGUUACUGCUGGUGACCUGUUGUAAUAAAUCCUGAGAGAGCUUG